AUGGAUAAAGUCAAAAUGAUACAACAGCGACUAGAAAAAGCUCAAAGUCGGCAAAAAUCAUAUGUGGAUGUUAGAAAGAGAGGACUAGAAUACUCUAUAGGGAAUUGGGUGUUCUUGAAGGUGUCACCAAUGAAAGGGGUAAUGAGAUUUGGUAAAAAGGGAAAGUUGAGUCCACACUAUAUAAGACCAUAUAAGAUUAUCCGAAGAAUUGGCCAAGUUGCAUAUGAUUUAAAGCUACCUCAAGAGCUUCCAACCAUUCAUCCGGUGUUUCAUGUCUCAAUGCUUCAAAAAUAUAUAGGUGACCUAUCUCAUAUUACUCCUAUUGAAGAUGUACAAGUUACGGGAGAUCUCAUCUACGAAGAAGUACCCAUUGCUAUUCUGGAUCGACAAGUUAGGAAGUUGAGAAAUAAAGAAAUAGCAUCUCACAAAGUGUUAUGGAGAAACCAACAAGUAGAAGAGGUUACAUGGGAAGCAGAACAAGCAAUAAAGUCCAAGUAUCCUCAUUUAUUUCAAUCUAAAGGGAAAGGUCAAAGUGUUGAGUUGAUUCAUUGA